GGAUUCCAUUUUCAAUCUCAUCCAUUCGUUGUCAUCCUCUCAUCUUGCCCUAAAAUCAAAACCUUAGCCGACGAAAACCACAUUCUCCUCUCGCUUGCCCUAGCUUUCCCUCACUCCCCCGGAUUCCGACUCACAGCUUUCCUUGUUCUUGGAUUUGUAACCUGCGAGAUAAGAAGAUGGCGUCGAAAUUUUGGAGUAACCAGGGUGACAGUGAUACUGAGGAUGAAGUGAGUGAUUCCGAACAGGAUGAUGUCAUUGAGGGGCAAGAAAAUGCUGUUAGUGCCCCUGGUGCUAACAAAUAUCUUGACAAUAGCGAUAGUGAUAGUGACGAUGGAGACAUGCAUAAGCGUGUYAUUAAGUCUGCGAAAGACAAGCGGUUUGAGGAGUUGUCWGCAACUAUUGAUCAGAUGAAGAAUGCAAUGAAGAUUAAUGACUGGGUCAGCCUUCAGGAGAGCUUUGACAAGAUUAAUAGGCAGCUUGAGAAGGUCAUGAGGGUUACAGAAUCAGAUAGAGUCCCUAACAACUAUGUCAAGGCUUUGGUUAUGUUAGAGGACUUCUUGAAUCAGGCCAUGGCAAAUAAGGAGGCAAAGAAGAAGAUGAGUAGUAGCAAUGCAAAGGCAUUGAACUCAAUGAAGCAAAAACUGAAGAAAAACAAUAAGCAAUAUGAGGAGUUGAUCAAUAAGUGUAGAGAAACUCCUGAAAGCUUUGAGGAUCAAGARGAAGCGGAUGAGGUGUCAGAGGAUGAKGAAGAUGAUGAUACUGGUUCAGAUAUUGAUGACCCAACAAAAGUAGAUUCUGGGUCAGAGUCUGAAGACGAUAAUGAUGAGGAGAAGGAUGAAACUGAACCUGGUUGGGAGAGAAUGAUGAAUAAGAAAGAUAAGCUAAUGGAAAAGCAGUUUAAGGAUCCAAGCCAGGUCACUUGGGAUAUAGUCAACAAGAAGUUUAAAGAGAUUGUUGCUGCCCGAGGUAGAAAGGGGACUGGAAGGCUUGAACUGGUUGAGCAGCUUACUUUCCUGACCAGGGUGGCCAAAACUCCUGCACAGAAGCUUGAGAUCCUAUUCAGUGUUGUAUCGGCACAGUUUGAUGUCAACCCAGGUCUCAGUGGGCACAUGCCUAUAAAUGUAUGGAAGAAGUGUGUGCAGAAUAUGCUUGUCAUACUUGAUAUUCUUGCSCAGUAUCCUAAUAUUCUGGUUGAUGACUCGGUGGAGCCGGAUGAAAAUGAGACCCAGAAAGGCGCAGACUUCAACGAUACCAUACGAAUAUGGGGAAACUUGGCUGCCUUUCUUGAGAAAGUAGAUGUCGAAUUAUUUAAGAGUCUACAAUGCAUUGAUCCUCACACUCGUGAGUAUGUUGAGAGGCUUCGUGAUGAACCCUUGUUUUUUCUCCUUGCUCAAAACGUCCAAGAAUAUCUUGAACGUGUUGGGGAUYACAAAGCUGCAGCGAAGGUAGCACUAAGGCUUGUUGAACUUGUCUACUAUAAACCACAGGAAGUAUAUGAUGCUAUGCGGAAACUGUCCGAGCAAUCAGAYGSKGYAGAGAGUGGAGAAGAAUCUGAAUYAAAGGCUGUGGAGGAAACUCGKGGUCCAACUGCAUUUGUAAUCAGUCCUGAAAUUGUGCCACGGAAACCUACUUUUCCAGAGAGUAGUAGGGCACUGAUGGAUAUGUUAGUCUCCCUUAUUUACAAGCAUGGGGAUGAGCGAACCAAGGCCCGGGCAAUGCUUUGYGACAUUUACCACCAUGCCAUCUURGAUGARUUUUCUACAUCCCGAGAYUUGUUGCUCAUGAGCCACUURCAGGAUARUGUUCAGCAUAUGGACAUCUCAACCCAGAUUCUAUUUAACAGAUCAAUGGCUCAGCUUGGCCUCUGUGCCUUUAGAGCAGGACUUAUUGCUGAAGGACAUGGCUGCCUUUCUGAGUUAUAUUUAGGUGGGAGGGUGAAGGAACUGCUGGCACAAGGUGUCUCUCAAAGUCGCUACCAUGAGAAGACUCCUGAACAGGAACGGCUGGAAAGGAGAAGGCAGAUGCCAUAUCACAUGCACAUCAAUCUUGAACUUCUGGAGGCCGUGCAUUUGAUAUGUGCCAUGCUCUUGGAGGUUCCAAAUAUGGCUGCAAACAGCCACGAUGCUAGACGCAAAGUCAUCAGCAAGACACUGAGAAGGUUACUUGAAGUGAGCGAGAGGCAGACCUUCACUGGUCCCCCAGAAAACGUCAGGGAUCAUAUUAUGGCUGCAACCAGAGCCCUUAGCAAAGGCGACUUCCAAAAAUCCUUUGACGUCGUCAACUCACUUGACGUCUGGAGACUCCUUAGGAACCGUGAGAAGGUUUUAGAAAUGCUAAAAGACAAGAUCAAAGAAGAAGCUUUAAGGACCUAUCUUUUCACGUAUUCCUCAUGCUACGAGACUUUAAAAUUGGAGCAGCUUUCAGAGAUGUUUGACCUGUCCACAUAUCAGACCCAUUGCACUGUGAGCAAAAUGAUGAUCAAUGAUGAGCUUCAUGCGAGCUGGGAUCAACCUACACAGUGCAUUGUUUUCCAUGAGGUUGAACAUAGCAGACUACAGGCUUUGGCGUUCCAGUUCACAGAGAAACUGACGGUUCUUGCGGAGAGCAACGAGCGRGCARUMGAGGCUAGGCUUGGUGGAGGUGGAUUGGAGAGUCUGCCAUCRAGGAGGAGGGAGGGUCAGGAUUAUGCGUCUGUUGCUGGUGGUACAAAAUGGCAAGAUAACACGUCGUCUUACUCACAGGGACGAGUGGGGAGCAGUGGUGGGCGGUCAGGGUAUGGGAACGGAAGGGCGUUUGCUCCUGGUCAGACGUAUCGAGGAAACCAAUCGAGAGGUGGGUAUCAACAGCAGAGUUCUUCACGAUUCCAUGAUUCUACGUAUGGAGGAGGUGGGCGUAACAAYUAUCAGGGUGGUGCGAUGGGGAGUAGGGGAAGUCAGAUGGAUGGUUCAAGUCGCAUGGUGAGUCUGAAUAGAGGAAUUCGUACUUGAUCAGUCAUAUUCUAUUGCUGCUGCUGCUGCUGAAUUGGAAGUACUGCCUGCCAUUGGUUUUUAAGAUUUUGAUCGCAUACUUAACUUGAGGUUUCUUGUUUUCAAUUAUUUAGUUUAUUCUGUUAUGUUGAACCCCCAACCCAUGGGUUUUGAAGAUGUUUAUACAAGUUCUAUGUUUUAUUUUUCUAGUAUUACGGAUGCCAAAAGAUAUUUGUCUGAAUGCAAUUGCAGGGUGAUUGUUGCAUGAAUAAAGAUCACUUGUUACCCA